AUGACUAAGUCCGCGACUUUUGCUUCUCGAGAGCUCUCUUCCCUGUUCUGUGGCUUUGGGGAUAGAGAUCCUCGCGACCCUGGGCUUCAUCUUGGGGGCGCAAUGCCCCAGCACCCUCUGCAGCGAAAGCCGUCUCUUUGGAUACGCUUCAAGUGGUGGCUUUAUAACCUGCAGUCUCCCCUUCAACUACGACGUAGUCUGAUCCGGCUCAGACACCAGCACGAAUACCCACUGCUUACCCUCUUGGGAAUGUUCAUCCCCUUUCCGACAUGGAAGCUCCCAAUUCCUGGCCCAUUCUCUCUCCGUGCGUUGAUCAACGACAAAAAGGACCAGACCGGCCUCAUCCAGUCCCAUUUCUCGGACCUACACAAUCUUCGGGCGAUACGAAUCUUUCGAAUGCGCGAUACUCCGCUACGAUCAAUCUACCGGCUCUAUGAACUGUUUAUGGCAGAUCAGUAUCCUUUAUUGGGCUGGGAAACCGAGUACUUUGUUUUCUCUCAACCGGAAUGGCGAUUGCAGGAUAUACCGGACCCCAGAGACCCUGAUCCACUUAGAUAUGCCAUGAUUGCUUCGAUUGUCGAGGAACUAGUCGAAGCAAUCAAUUGGCGGCUGAGACUUGGAUUACGGAGGAAUGGGGACCACGUGUAUCGUGAACAGGAUAUCGAUCCUUUACCGCCCUUCGACCCCGAAGAGCUGCCGGCGUGGACAAAGACAGUGCCACCAAUGAAUAAAGAGUUGCUAAAACUAUCAGUGCCAGCUGAUCAUUUGGAUGCAGACGGGAAUCUUGUCCUUGAAGAAAGAGGUAAAAACGCUGUCUUUGCCAGACGCAACAUUAUCACAAACACAGGCUGGCUCUAUACUAUCUAA